CCUGGAGACCCCCAAACUGUCUGGACUAUGGGGGGGACCAAACCUUUACUGGACUCUUUCUCAACACUGUAGAUACAAAGCUGGAUCCAGAAACCCUGCUCCUGUCAAUCCUCCAACAGCGUUUUCCGGACUCUACCAGGAAACUCCUCUGGUACUAAUCUCUUUCAGGAUGCUUUUCCAGAACUAAACUUUUCCUUGGAACUCUACAGGUACUAAUUUUUAUCUGGGCUCUCUUCUAGUAUUUGACACUUUUCGGAUUCUAAAAGCACCAAAGACUUUGCAGAUGCUCAACCGGUACCAGCUGAUUCUGGUACUGAAUUCUUUAUGGACGCUGAAUACUAAAAACCAGACAUUUUCUGGACACAAUACCAGUACCAGACUCUUUUAAGACUCUCUAUGUGGAUUCUUUACCAGUGUCUCUAGUAUUUCUGACCAGCGCUAAACCCCGGUUUGGACGGUGUUCUUCACACCGUCUGAACUCUCUACUGGAAACAAGCUCCUUCUUGUUGUGUCAGAAUCACACUUUCUGCAGUCUCCAGACUGUUUCCGGAUUCUCUUCUGUUUUCGAGCUCUUACCGGACCCUCUAAGUAGUACCAGACUCUUUCUUGACACUCCUCACCUGCAUUAAUCCUAUUUUGAACAUUUACACCUGGAUCCUCCAGGACCAGUUUGAAAAUAUUUCUGGACGCUCUCUUGGUACUGGGAAGGGUCCAGAUCCUGUACUGGGCUUUGUGGUGAGCAGUAUGGUGGUGGGGCAGAGCCCCCUCUGUCUGCUGGUACACCGGUUUAAGUCUUCAGGCUCUGUGGAGUACGGCAAAGGGAACAACAACAUGGGGAAACAGGUGGAGGAGCCCAGCACCAAGCGCAGUAAACUGGUAUCCAGGUUGACGUCUCUGGCCGGCCUGCUGCAGCCCGUUAAGACCGCUCCGCUGAAGAGGAUUGGCCAGACGCUGCAGCGGUCCAUCAGUUUAAAUAAUGAGAGUCAGACGGAGAGAGCAGCUCGUCCUCUUCCCUCCUCCUCCACGAUGAAGACGCGCGUCGUCUCAGCGUCAGUCUCCAACCCUUCUUCCUCCAUGACUGCGACACGGGUUUCCACGGCAACUUUCCCGCCCGCCAAGCGCCGUGACAGCAAGCUUUGGAGUGAGACGUUCGACGUCAGACUGGGAGCGACGCAGCCUCUGAGCCCAAAAGAGAUCAAACGACAAGAGGCUAUAUUUGAGUUGGCUCAGGGCGAGCAAGACUUGGUGGAGGAUCUCAAGUUGGCUAAGAAGGCUUACCAUGACCCGAUGCUGAAGCUGUCAAUCAUGACUGAGCAGGAACUGAACCAGAUCUUUGGCACUCUGGACUCGCUGAUACCCCUGCAUGAAGACCUGCUAAGUCGCCUCAAAGAUGCCAGAAAACCAGACGGGUCCACAGAACAUGUGGGUCACAUCCUGACUGACUGGCUUCCUUGUCUCAGCUCCUACACCUCGUACUGCAGUAACCAGGUGAAGGCCAAGGACUUGUUGGACCAGAAGAAGCAGGAUCGACGGGUCCAGGACUUCUUGCAGCGCUGUCUCCAGUCACCCUUUAGCAGGAAGUUGGACCUGUGGAACUUCCUGGACAUCCCCCGCAGCCGACUGGUGAAAUACCCGCUGCUGGUCAGGGAGAUCCUGAAGCACACGCCCAACGACCACCCGGACCGGCAGCACCUGGACGAGGCGAUGCUGAGGGUUCAGAGCGUGGUGGCGGACAUCAACAGGCGGACGGGGGAGUCGGAGUGUCAGUUCUACAAGGACCGCCUGUUGUACACGGAGGACGGACAGAGGGACGAACUCAUCGACCGGUCCAGGACCCUCAGCUGCCACGGAGAACUGAAAAACAACAGAGGACUCAAGCUCCAUGUGUUCCUGUUCCAGGACGUCCUGGUCAUCACCAGGUCCGUCUCGCUGAACGACCAGCCAAUCAGCUACCAGCUCUGCCGCCAGCCAAUCUCCAUCCGGCAUUUGGACCUGGAGGACCUAUCAGACGGGGAGAUGAGAGUGGGCGGGUCCAUCAGAGGAGCCUUCAGCAACAUUGAGCGAACAAAGAACUUCUUCCGGGUGUCGCACCGGACGGGAGGUCAGCUGCAGAGCCACUGCUUCCAGGCCAGCGACGCCUUCAACAAACAGCAGUGGAUCAACUGCAUCAGACAAGCCAAAGAAGCCGCGGCACUGACUGGAGACCAGCCACCACAGACAGGACAAUGUCUGGAGACAGCGCUGCUUGGACAGAUAGGGCUGCUUGGUGAGACUGGUCUGAGUUUGCGCAGUGAAGAUAAAAAUGGGGUGUGGGGAGCGAUGGAAACAGGGCUUGGGGUGGAUGGAGAGGAAGGUCUGAGUGGAGAGAAAGAUCUCGGUUUGGGGAAAGAGGUUAAGGUGGGUUUGACUGGAGAGACAAUAUUGGGUAGGGAAGGUGGGACGGGUGUGAAAUUAGACGGAGAAACAGGGAUGGAGGGUGAGUCGAGGCAGCCAAUCGGUGAGGUGGAGACAGGGCAGGUCGGUGGGGAGAUGGGGGCAGAGCCCGGAGCCAGAGCAGACUGGAAAAUGGAUGGAGGGGGAGAAACUCCAGGAGGAGGUGCUGCUGAAGAUGUUCCAGCCUUGCUUUUCUCCUCUGCUUCUCCCUGUCAAGAAGAGCAGACGAGGGAGGUGAUGGAGGAGGAGCGGAGUGUCUCUGGCGAGGGGGAAGAGGACGGCAUGGACACCGGCGAGGUGGACUCACGGCAGCGCGAGGAGCUGAACCUCCGGUGCUGAUGCCAGGGCCAAAACCACACUGAGGGACUGGCAGCCAAUCAAAUUGGGGACUUGAUGAUGAUGUCACUGACAAAAGUCAAAAGAACAUCAGACAACCUUACAAUACGUAAAUAUAAAUACGUAGAUAUUGCCUCCGGCUUGCGAUAUGCAUCUCUGCUGCCGCCAUCUUGGGAUGUACAUUUGACCGGUUCCUACCAUAACAGACUUUUGAAUGUUCAAGAGUAAAUAAGCCAAAACUAAGGUUUUUUUUAUUUUUUUUAUUUUAUAACGCACCCCUUUAAAUUAUAUUAAGGCUUAAAGCUGUGUACUGUUGAUAUCUAUGCAAGAUGAGGUAUUUUAGUUUGAAAACCCACAUUUUAAAUGUAAAGUAUCCUGCAUCAGAGAUACAGAGGGGAGAACAAGUAUUUGAUACACUGCUGAUUUUGCAAGUUUUCCUACUUACAAAGCAUGUAGGUCUGUAAUAAUUCAUCAUAGGUACACUUCAACUGUGAGAGACGGAAUCUAAAACAAAAAUCCAGAAAAUAACAUUGUAUUAUGUAUAAAUAAUUUGCAUUUUAUUGCAUGACAUAAGUAUUUGAAACAUCAGAAAAGCAGAACUUAACUUACAGAAACCUUUGUUUGAAACUACAGAGAUCAUGAUGAUCCUGUAGUUCUUGACCAGGUUUGCACCCACUGCAGCAGGGAUGUUGGCCAACUCCUCCAUGCAGACCUUCUCCAGGUCCUUCAGGUUUUGGGGCUGUUGCUGGGCAAUACGGACUUUCAGCUCCUUCCAAAGAUUUUCUAUUGGGUUCAGGUCUGGAGACUGGCUAGGCCACUCCAGGACCUUUAGAUGCUUCUCACUUCUUAGUUGCCUUGGCUGUGUGUUUCGGGUCGUUGUCACACUGAAAGACCCAGCCACGACCCAUCUUCAAUGUUUUUACUGAGGGAAGGAGGUUGUUGGCCAAGAUCUCGCGAUACGUGGCCCCAUCCGUCCUCCCCUCAAUACGGUGCAGUCGUCCUGUCCCCUUUGCAGAAGAGCAUCCCCGAAGAAAGACGUUUCCACCUCCAUGCUUCACGGUUGGGAUGGUGUUCUUGGGGUUGUACUCAUCCUUCUUCCUCCAAACACGGCGAGUUUAGUUUAGAGCAAAACGCUCUAUUUCUGUCUCAUAAGACCACAUGACCUGCUCCCAUUCCUCCUCUGGAUCAUCCAGAUGGUCGUUGGCAGACUUCAGACGGGCCUGGACAUGCGCUGGCUUGAGCAGGGGGACCUUGCCUGCCCUGCAGGAUUUUACUCCAUGACGGCAUAGUGUGUUACUAAUGGUUUUCUUUGAGACUCUGGUCCCAGCUCUUUUCAGGUCAUUGACCAGGUCCUGCCGUGUAGUUAUGGGCUGAUCCUUCACCUUCCUCGUAAUCGUUGAUGCUCCACGAGGUGAGAUCGAGGGAGAUUGAUCGUCAUCUUGAACUUCUUCCAUUUUCUAAUAAUUGCUCCAACAGUUGUUGCCUUCACACCAAGCUGCUUGCCUAUUGUCCUGUAGCCCGUCCCAGCCUUGUGCAGGUCUGCAAUUUUAUCCCUGAUGUCCUUACACAGCUCUCUGGUCUUGGCCAAUGUGGAGAGGUUGGAGUCUGUUUGAUUGAGUGUGUGGACAGGUGUCUUUUAUACAGGUAACGAGUUCAAACAGUGCAGUUAAUACAGGUAAUGAGUGGAGAACAGGAGGGCUUCUUAAAGAAAAACUAACUGCGAGAGUCAGAAUUCUUACUGGUUGGUAGGUGAUCAAAUACUCAUAUUAUGAAAUAAAGUGCAAAUUGAAAAUCAUACAAGGUUUUUUUUUUUCUAGAUUUAGAUUCCGUUUCUCACAGUUGAAGUGUACCUAUGAUAAAAAUUACAGACCUCUACAUGCUUUGGAAGUAGGAAAACCUGCAAAAUCGGCAGUGGAUCAAAUACUUGUUCUCCCCACUCUACACGUCUGUCCUUUUGUAGCAAAGCAAACCAGUUGGAAAUACAACGAGAAAUCAUGAUUUAAAUUGUGGACAAACCUUGUGCUUCGAUAGACACAUAAACUAGGAAGCGCGCAAUGUCUGUCCCAACAUGGCGGCCGCUUCCACUUAUCUUUCCAAUAAACGGCAGCCGCCAAUGCGGUAGGCUAUCUACGUAUAAAUACCUAUGGUCAGUACACAUUAACCAACGUGUUGCCGAACAUUGUAACUGCUGUAUCCCGACUGCUGGUCACCGCAGCGCCCAGAAACACUGGGCCCAUGUUAACUGCAGGCCUACUAACUGCACGGAUGUAUUAAGAGAACAAAGAUGGCGUCCUGUUCAUUCCAGUGAACGUUGCUCACUAGGCACAUCCUGCAAAAACGUUUUUACGGGUUCCUCAAGCUUUGCCUUUUUAGGGGGGCUCAGACCAACUUCCUCCUAACUCCCCCCCCCAACUUAUUUACUGAUAUGGCUGUACAAGACUUUAACUUUUCCUCUGACCCAAUGUCUCAAAUUCUGAUUAUAUAAAGACUUCUGUUGACCUGUUUGUGAUGUUCAGAAAAAUAUAUUUAGUGGCUGGGUUAGCUCGGUUGGUCGAGCGGGCGCUUGUGUAGGGGUUUGCCCCUCAGUGCAGCGGCUGCAGGUUCGGCUCCGGCCUGCGGCCCUUUGCUGCAUGUUGUUCCCCCUCUGUCUCCCCUUUUGUGUCUUCUUUGUCCUGAGGAAAAGGAGGCCCUAAAAUGCCCCAUGAAAUAGUCUUUAAGAAAAAGCAAAAAUAUAUUUAUGGUUUUACUGCUUUAGAAAAAAAAAAAAGCAUUUUUGGGGCAGUGGCUGUCACAUGAACUGCAGUUCCAACUGUGGCCACUAUGCCAAGAUUCGCCUCACACCUUAACGUUUAUCCUGGGGGUUUUACCUUUUGUCUGAAAGGUUUUCCUAGCUUUUUGCAUUUGAAACCCUAUCAGUGAAUGAUAGAUAAUGAAUCAUGCUUGUAGCCGCUUAAUAGCACUUAUGCAAUAUUGAAAAACAUGAAGACUUGAAGGGAAAUUCCUGAAUUGUGACUAUUGGACACUUAGCAUAAGCCGCCUACAGCUUUCCAAAACUAAUUAAACAGUAAUCAUCUAAAACUUGUACUUUGGAUCCACAAUUUGGGGUAUUUUUGUUCUUCUGGUGAAUCAUUAUUAUUUUUUUGCAUCUUAGCAAUUCUCCUUACUUUCUUUAAAUAAUGUCUUAAAUCAGUUGUAAUGACUGAAAACAUUGGAAACGAACAACAGCUCACGGUGCUCUGUAGCCGGCUCCCAGUAACAUUUUCUCAGCUAAAUUUAACUGUAAACACUGCUUAGAUUAACUUUUGAGUGACUUUUUGUCACAUGACCAGCCGGCAGUCGCAUGAUAUUGUAGUCAUGUCAUGCGAAUGGCUGUGCAUGGGUUUUUGUACUAUAUCAUGAGAAUGCAUUGCGGUGAACAUUGCAGACAUUUUGUGUACAAAUGGAAUUCAUGGGAGACACGGUUACCCAUACAGUAUUGUAAUUUUAGCACGUAGUCAACGUAAUGCAUUGCAAAUACGUUCAACACAUGUUAAGUAGAUUAUCAGUUUUGACCAUAUAUCCCGACAGUUUUUCCACAAUGUCCAACUGUGCAACUGAAACAGCUUGCAACUGCUGUAGGUGUUACUGCAUAGCUGACAUAUUCAGUGAUUUGCCAUAGCAAUCUUGAAGAAAGAGCCUGUUGCGUAUGUACUGUAUGUAUGUAAAGAAUGUAUAGUAAGUCUAUAUGUAUAUGAAUGUAGGAACAAAGCCAACCAUGCCUGUAUGUUAUUUAAUGUGCUUACACAUUACACGGGAAAUAUGACUUACAAUUUCGAGACAAUCAGUUUGAUAUUACAAAUGGCCAUCGUCAGGAUGGUUGUGAUGCUGUCGGUUGCUCUUUAUUCUGCUGAGUAAAACAUUUAA